AUGUCAGGAAGGGGCAAAACCGGUGGCAAAGCCAGAGCAAAGUCCAAGACUCGGUCUUCCCGUGCCGGACUACAGUUCCCAGUCGGUCGUGUCCACAGACUCUUGCGGAAGGGCAAUUAUAGUGAGCGAGUCGGUGCCGGCGCCCCCGUCUACUUGGCGGCCGUGCUCGAGUACCUGACCGCUGAGAUCCUGGAGUUGGCCGGGAACGCAGCCCGCGACAACAAGAAGACCAGGAUCAUCCCCCGUCACCUGCAGCUGGCCGUCCGCAACGACGAGGAGCUCAACAAACUCUUGGGCGGAGUGACCAUCGCACAGGGCGGUGUGUUGCCCAACAUCCAGGCCGUGCUCCUCCCCAAGAAGACCGAGAAGGCAGCCAAGUCCAAGUAA